AAAGCCACUUUAGUGUUAUCUACACACACAGCCAAUUCUCACCUUCUGCAGCCUCACUUCUUCUAGAAAAAUGCCUGGAAUUGCCUUUGGUAGUUUUGAUGAUUCCUUCAGCUCCAGCUCCAUCAAAGCCUACAUUGCUGAAUUCAUCUCCACUUUGCUCUUCGUCUUCGCGGGUGUCGGUUCUGCUAUCGCUUAUGCGAAACUAACGGCGGAUGCUGACUUAGACCCAUCUGGUCUAGUAGCUAUCGCGGUUUGCCAUGGGCUUGCUCUCUUUGUGGCGGUUUCUAUCGCGGCUAACAUCUCUGGCGGUCAUGUGAACCCAGCUGUCACCUUUGGAUUGGCCGUUGGCGGCCAGAUCACCAUCCUUACGGGCUUGUUUUACUGGAUUGCUCAACUCCUUGGCUCCGUUGCCGCAUGCUUCCUCCUCAGUUUCGUCACUGGAGGCCUGGCCGUCCCUACACACGGUGUUGCGGCAGGCGUUGGAGCGCUACAAGGGGUAGUUUUUGAAAUCAUCAUCACAUUUGCUUUGGUGUACACUGUUUACGCCACCGCAUGUGACCCAAAGAAGGGCGCACUAGGCACGAUUGCCCCAAUUGCAAUCGGGUUCAUCGUGGGUGCCAAUAUCUUGGCUGCUGGCCCAUUCUCAGGUGGAUCAAUGAACCCAGCCCGAUCUUUCGGGCCAGCCGUGGCUGCCUUUGACUUCUCCGGACACUGGAUCUACUGGGUCGGACCUCUCAUUGGCGGGGGCUUAGCCGGUGCUAUUUACCCGAAUGUAUUCAUUUCCAAUGAACAUAUUCCCCUCACCAAUGACUACUAAAUUUCAAGUGAUUUUGUUAUUGUGUUGAAUAUGAUUCCGGGUUGUUUUAAUUGUAAAAAUAAAAAGAAAUGCAAAUUAUUUGUUUUUCUUUGUUUAUGAGGAAUUGUUUUCUUUUGUCUUGUUUUGUUAAUGGAUCAUGUAUUCAUGUAUCAAAUAAUUGUA